GUAUACACCUGAUGAGGCUCGUGCCCUAAAGGCUUAUAAGGAGCUCCCCCCUAAUGCAAAAAUAAAUGAGACAGAUAAUUUUGGAGACGAUGAGUGUGGGGGUGGUGGGAUCGAGUUCCAGGAAUCGGGAUCGGGAUCGGGAUCGGGAUCGGGAUCGGGAUCCGAUUCUGAUGAUCAACAUGAUACACAAGAACUUGAUGUUGAUGAUAUAUAA